AUGGCUACCAUUUCAUUGACUAGUUUUGUUACCCUUGUUCUCCUUUUCUCAGCUACGUUGGUUAUAACUGAGGUGAAUGCACAAAAGAGAUGCCAGGAAGUUUUGUAUAACAGUGGAUGCAAUCUUGAGGAUUGCCGCGCAAAAUGCUACCAGAAGCACCAAUCGAUUCAAGGAGGGCAAUGCAUUGCUAAUCCAUCUAUGACCGAUUAUUCUUGUGUUUGUGUUUAUAAUUGUAACAACUAG